GCUUCAGCGGGAGCUCAUGCAUUUUCACUUUGUAGACGGCCUUGACUGCUUCACUUUCCCAUGCCUGGGAUGAAUUUGGAAAUGACUUUUGAUGACCUCAAGUGCAAGACUAUGCAGGAUCAGCUUGGUCAGAAGCCAAAUGAAGAGAAAGCUAAAGGUCUACACUGUCUCUCUUCCUGGUGGUGGUGCCCUGCUGCUGUGACUCUAGGGAUCCUUUGUCUGGGAUUACUGGUAACCACUGCAAUGCUGAUUCUGCAAAUAUCCCAGGUCUCUGAUCUCCUGAAACAACAGCAAGCAAACCUAACUCACCAGGAAAAUGUAUUGGAGGGGCAGAUCCUAGCCCAGAAGCAAGCAGAAAAAACUUCUCAAGAGUCACAAAGAGAACUCAAGGCAAUGAUAGAAACUCUUGCCCAAAAGCUAGAGGAAAAAUCCAAACAACAGAUGGAACUUCACCUUCAGAACUUAAAUCUCCAAGAAACUCUGAAAAAAGCAGUUAACUUUUCAGGUCCUUGUCCCCAAGACUGGCUCUGGCAUGCAGAAAGCUGUUACCUAUUUUCUUCGGCUCCAUCCAACUGGGAAAAAAGUCAUGAGAACUGCUUGUCUUUAGAUGCUCAGAUGCUGACAAUUAACAGCACAGAUGACCUGGAAUUCAUGCGGCAAGCGAGUGCCCAUUCCAGUUUCCCAUUCUGGAUGGGUUUGUCUCUGAAGAAGCCCAAGAACUCCUGGCUGUGGGAAGAUGGUUCUCCUUUGAAGACCCACGUGUUUAGUCUCCAAGGAGCUGCUUCCCCAACACACCUUUCAGGCACCUGUGCAUACAUACAGAGGGGGAAAGUGUUUGCUGACAACUGCAUUUUAACUGCAUUCCAUAUAUGUCAGAAGAAGGCGAAUUUAUUGAGAGUUCAAUGAACUUGAAGAUUCUGGAAGACAAGAUGGAGAAAACUUUUGUAUUCACAUCUGGCAUUUAAACUAACCUCCCCUCAUUGAGGAAAAAACCUGGAGAGCCAGGAGAACUGUUUGUUAUCUGCUGACUACAGGAAGCAUUAUCAGAGACUGUGGUUCAGCUGACCUGACACCUCUAAAUCACACAUUGGGAUUCUAUUUGUGCAUGUAUUUUUUUUUUCACAUGCCUUGCCCAAGCCUCCCUACCAAUCUUUGAUUCCUUUUCUCUCUCUUUUUUAUUUGAACACUUUACUGCACUCAAUGUUUGGGAACCCUCUGAACUCAGCCAUCUUCCCCUCACCCUGCUAAAGCUGCACAGAAAAAUAGAGCAUGGAGAACUUUCCGAACAGCAGGAAGAAGCCAAAAAGGGGGAAGUCAUCAAGAACAGCAUACACGAGAAGUAGAAAAGGGGAAAGCCCAUGCUGGAAUCUAAAAACUCACGUUCUCUACAAUAAAUGCUACCUCUUAUUGUUCUUAUCAAA